AUGUUAUCGUUGAAAUAUUUUCGUUUUCAGAAACUCAUAAUGGCCGAAGGUGGCGAGGCGUUCGAAAUGUGGAAAAUACCAUCAGCAGAUGUUUACUUAAAGGUAUACAUAUUCAACGUAACGAACAGUGAAGAUUUCUUGUCUGGGAGAGACAAAAAACUGCGGUUUGAAGAAGUCGGACCAUAUGUUUACAGGGAAAUUUUUACACAUACAAACGUAACGUUUAAUACUAACGAUACGAUGACGAUAACUCCUGUAUUCACAUUGAAAUGGGUGCCGGAACUGAAUACUAGAAAAGAAGAGGACGUGUUUAUAUUACCAAACGUUGCUCUCAUGAGUUUUGCCAGUGCUGUGUCAGAAUCUUCUAUGAUCACCAAGAUGGGUGUCAAUCUAAUUAUUCGCCAAACGAAAUCCAAACCAUUUAUCAGACAAACGGCUAAGGAGUUCAUGUUUGGUUACGAAAGUCCAUUAGUGACUAUAGGCAACAAGUUAUUGCCAUCCUGGAUCACGUUUGAAAAGCUGGGCCUUAUAGAAAGAAUGUACGACUUCAGCGGCGACACUGCAACGUUUUACACAGGCUCAUCUGACGCGGCCAAGUCCGGGACUAUAGACAACUACAACAAUAAACCAUAUCUGCCACAAUGGCCAGAAGCCCAUUGCAACAAAAUUUCGGGUUCUACGGAUGGUAUUAAGUACCCAUCUGUAACAGACAACAGCACACAACUGGUGUUCUUCAGGAAGUCUCUUUGCAGGGCAAUUCCGAUGGUAAAAAAUAGUGAAUUGUUUUUGCACGAUGGCUUGCCAGUGAAUAAAUAUAUUUUCGAAGACGGAUCAUUGGACAACGGUGCCAACAACCCGGCUAAUAAGUGUUUUUGCCGUAAAAACAAAUGUUUGAAACCGGGAUUGGUCGAUGUCACCGACUGUUUUUAUGGUUUUCCUGUCGCAUUGUCUUACCCUCACUUUUACAACUCCGACCAAUCGUUAAUAGACGCCAUCGACGGAAUGACUCCUGAUCAAAAACAGCACGAAACCUAUUUUUUCAUCAACGAGGAAACGGGUUUGUCCACACAAGUGUACGUCAAAUUGCAAAUUAACAUUGUUCUAGGUGACAUGUCGGACAUGGCAAAUAUGGAAAAUUUUAGUAACUUGGUUGUACCAUUACUUUGGACUGAUAUUGGAUUCGAAAAGCUACCCGAUAGCAUGCUGACCAAGUUCUUCGUGUACCUUCGGGUCGGGCCGGUCUUCUUCGACGGGCUCAAGUACGCGCUGCUGGUCGGGGGCGUGGCGUUCGUCGCGCUCACCGUGUUCGCGUCUCUGUUCAUACCCGUCGACGACAAGCUGAGGCACCGUAACUCGUCGGCGUGGCGCCGCGAGAGUCAGACGCUGACCACUCGGGACACGACGCCGACGAUACGCGUGCCCAUACCCGCGGCCGUCGUGGCCGGCAAGGAGAUGAACACGUACUACAAAUUACUGCUGGACAGGGACGGUGGGGCCGCGGCCCAGGACAACGACGACCUCUGCUACAGGCUGGACGUGGUUCACGAGACGAGGUCGCUCAGGAGCAGUUGCACCGGAUCGGAGGACGACGACGAAGACGACCGAACCGUCUGA